UAAGUUUUGAGCGUAUUUCUGGAUAUAGAUUUUUAAAAAGUUUUUUUUGAUGUUUUCACAGGAAAUGUUUUAUGCUUUGUACCGCUAAAUUCCUAUAAAUUAUCGGUUAAUAUUUGGUAUAUUACUUCCGGUUCGAUGCACUCUCCUCUUCACAUCAGUCUCUGUUUAUUUGUUUUAUUUAUAUUUCUUGUAUAAAUAAUUAACUGACGAAUAAAUAUUUACAUCUAGAUGCAAUAAAUAUGUCUCAGUGUGCAGCAUUGAAUUGCAAGAGUGUAACGUCAGAAGGUAGCGGCAAAACCUUUCAUUUAUUCCCCAAAGAUGCCAUUCAACGACAAUGUUGGCUGCUCCAAAUGAAACGAGAGAAUUACUGGCCUUCAGAGACAUCUGUGUUAUGUUCCAACCACUUUGAACCUGACUGCUUUGACCAAAUUGGUCAAACGACUCAGCUAAGAAAGGAUGCAGUCCCCACCAUAUUUAAAACUACAAAUAAUCUUAAAAAGCUUUCCACAUCCAUCCAGCCAAUGUUGAAAGGAGGACUUUACAAAUGCAACAAGUGUAAAUACUCAACAGACAAAAAACCAAACUGGUACAAACAUAGGAACAAACAUUUAGGUUUACGACGCCACUGUUGUACAGAAUGUAACUACAAAGCAACGACAAGCAGCAACCUCAAGCGCCACCUGGCAAUCCAUGCAGAUCUUAGGGAGUUCAAAUGUCCCUUUUGUUUAAAUUUCUUUCGCCAAAAGAUUCACCUGGACAAACAUAUACUCUAUAAACAUGAGCGCAAAAGACCAAAGUUGGACCUGACCAGAGUAUUAAGCCGUGAAGCACUGAAAAAGGUUUCCUCUCCUAAAGUUAACACAAAAGAUUCUCAGCUAAAUACUGACCUUUACAAUCAAGACAGAAUCCUUAAACCAAUUCAGAUCUGGGAGAUUCCUGAAAAUCCAGUUCCAUUAUCCGAUGGUAAAGACGAUCAGCAAUGUUCCCAACAGGAACUUGAGUUUUCCGAACCAAAACCACAAUACUCACAAAAUAAUCAGCAAUAUCCCCAGCAGGAACUUCGAUAUUCUCAACAAGAUGAUGCUGUUCCUACAAUGGUCUAUGUUCCACCACGCUCCAAGAAAGUCCAUAUUGUCUCUGAGCAUCAGUACCAUGUCAUGGAAAGUUUGGCACAGCUCUGGAAGAAAGGCAAAUUGUGUGAUGCUGCCAUCGGAAAUGGAAGUUCUGUGUUGAUGGUUCACAAGAUCGUCUUACUUGCUGUCUGUCCGAAGCUACUUUCAACCGUUGACACGUACUACAACCAGUUCCUUAUGGUCAACCUACCCCAAACUGUGAGCAAUGAAGCUCUCAAUGCUUUUGCAGAAUACAUUUACAAGGGUCACUUAAACCUGGACCCAGAUUUGCUGAAUCAGUUAAGGACAAUAGCAUUAUGUUUAGAAAUUGAUGAUUUGAAGCAAUUAUGUGAUUCAGAAAGUGAUUCGUCUUCCUCUCAGGUCCAGCUCCCUAACAGUAAGAAACCCUCUGAUCCAGCACCUGACACAAUAACUCUUACAUUUUAUCCGCCACAAACGCAACAGUCAACAGAGAAUGAAGUUAAUUUAUCAAAUUCCUUUUUUGUUUCCAGCCAUAAUCUUCAAUCAGUUACGAAAUCGCAAGCCAAUGUUACAAUUAAGAAAGAAAUGACCCCAGGCAGAGCACAAUUGACUCGUUUCCCAUCUCAAAAAGACCUGGUUGAACGAAAAAGUAGCGCAAAUCAUCUGGUCAGUGUAGGAAGAUCGGAGGUAAGAGAUAUUUACGAACAUUUUCAGAAUAACGAUUUAGUUAGCACAUCGAUUGCUGUCUGUGAUGAACAGGACUUGACGUCUCACACCAAAUCGACACCUCUCGAUGUCAAUCUACAACAGUAUAGUUAUAUCCCUUUAAACGAUCGCUCUCAAGUCCCAACAGAACCCACUUCAUCCCUUCGUGAUGCAGCAGGUAAUAAUUUUCCUCAAGUAAAUCAACAGGAACUACCUUUAGAAUCUGUAGUUAAAAUGGAACCGGUUAUCAUUGAAGACGAUUCAGACGAUGAUUCUCUCUUACCGUCGCCAUCUUCUACUUUCAUGGAUUCGUCUCAUAUCUCUUCUUCCAGACCCAUGGAUGACAGCUUAUCAGAAAUAAUCACCACCAACUGUUCAACUAACCUGAGUGACUCAAUAGCAAACAAUCAUUGCCAAGAGGGCAAUAAUUCCCCGAGUGUUCAUUUAUCUCAUAUUGCUGUUAACAGUCGGCAUAAAGGAGAUUCCUUUUUGAAUCCUGAAAUAUUUCGGUAUAACCAUCAAAUUGAAAGACAUUUUACAUCGAAAGAGAUUAAUUCAACACUGAAUGAAGAAAUCUACACUAAAGAUUUUAGAUAACAUUUACGUAAGCAUAAUCAGAUUUAAUACUUCUGAUAAUCAUUUAAUCAUCAUUACCAUCAUGAUUUAAACCAUUUACAACACCUGAUUGUGUUUCUGGUCAUUUCAGUAUGUGUUUCAAGAUCUCUCCAAAUACAUUCAAACCAUUUUUUUCUCGAACCUGCCAUCACCUACCUCUCUUGUUAGCCACUAUUUUGUUACUUCAGUACAUAUUGAAAGCAUUGUAUUACUUUCGUCGUUUCUCAGACUCACAUGUUCUACAAGGAAUGACUUCAGCUUCAAUGUCAGCACAAAGAAAA